GGAAAGUAAAAGCAUCCCUGCCAUUCGGUCACGGGGACGAGCGCCUCCACCUCGUCUGUACGCUGGUCAGUGGAUUUCGGCGUGUUCGCUCUAAUUUCUCAGUACUCUUGACUUUCUUCAUGAAGGGAACAUGGAAGAAGAAAGAAAAGUUGCAGAGUUACAGAAAAAUAUGACACAGGACUCUGUGGUCUUUGAGGAUGUGGCCGUGGACUUCACCCAGGAGGAGUGGGCUCUGCUGGAUUUUGCUCAGAGGAGCCUCUACAGAGAUGUGAUGCUGGAAAACUUUCAGAACCUGGCCUCCCUAGGGUAUCCACUGCAGACACCAUAUCUGAUCUCCCAGUGGAAACAAGAGGAGGACCUGGAGACAGCAGAAAGAGGACCUAUCCAGGGGGAGCACCAGGAAGGUUUUGAGAUUCAACUUAAAACUAAUGAAUCAGUAGCUCCACAAGAUAUUUAUGGACAGAGAAUAUCCAGUGAACAGAAAAUAGUAAGAUUCAAAAGGAAUGAUUCUUGCUCAUCCAUUUUACACAAAAACUGGGAAUACCAUGGUAUUUGUUAUCAGAACAAAAACCAUGAGAGACAUUUGAGAAGUCCAGUUGUGGAGAACAUCUAUGAAUGUAAUGAAGAAAAUUGGUGUGGACAAGACUUCGGCCAAACUUCACAUCUUAAUAUACUCAAGAGAACUACUGAAGUGAAGUCCUAUGAAUGCCACGAGUGUAAAAUGGCCUUCACGGACCAUUUAUCCCUUAAGAAUCACAUCAGGUCUCACACUGGAGGCAAACCCUAUCAAUGUAAAGAAUGUGGGAAAGCUUUCCAUUUUCUUGCUUGUUUUAAGAAGCAUGUGAAAAAUCCCACUGAAGGGAAACCUUAUGAAUGUAAAGAAUGUACAAAAACCUUCGGUUGUUCUUCCUUCUUUAGGGCACAUAUGAAGAUUCACACUGGAAAGACAAGCUAUGAAUGUAAGGAAUGUGGAAAAACCUUUAGCUGUUCUUCAUCCCUGACAGAACACAAAAGGAUUCACAGUGGAGAUAAGCCUUAUGAAUGUAGGGAAUGUGGGAAGGCAUUUAGUUGUUCUUCCUCACUCUCCAAACACAAAAGAAUUCACAGUGGAGAUAAGCCAUAUGAAUGUAAGGAAUGUGGGAAAGCCUUUAGUUCUUCCUCUCACCUUAUAAUACAUAUAAGAAUUCAUACUGGAGAGAAGCCUUACGAAUGUAAAGAGUGUGGGAAGGCCUUCAGCGAGUCCUCAAAACUCACUGUACACGUCAGAACACACACAGGAGAGAAACCCUAUAAAUGUAAGGAAUGUGGGAAAGCCUACAACUGUCCCUCCUCCUUAAGUAUCCAUAUGAGAAAACACACUGGAGAGAAACCCUAUGAAUGCCUGGAAUGUGGAAAAGCCUUCUAUCUUCCCACUUCCCUUAAUACGCAUGUGAAAAAUCAAAGUAGAGAGAAACCCUAUGAAUGUAAGGAAUGUGGAAAAGCCUUUAGUUGUCCCUCAUCCUUCAGAGCACACGUGAGAGAUCACACUGGAAAGAUACAAUAUGAAUGUAAGGAAUGUGGGAAGGCCUUUAGCCGUUCCUCAUCCCUCACUGAACACUUAAGAACUCACACUGGAGAGAAGCCUUAUGAAUGUAAAGAAUGUGGGAAAGCCUUUAUUAGUUCCUCCCACCUUACAGUACAUAUAAGAACUCACACUGGAGAGAAACCUUAUGAAUGUAAGAAAUGUGGCAAAGCCUUUAUUUAUCCCUCAGCUCUGAGGAUCCACAUGAGAACACAUACUGGGGAGAAACCUUAUGAAUGUAAGGAUUGUGGGAAAGCCUUUCGUCAUUCUUCAUACCUUACUGUCCAUGUGAGGACGCACACUGGUGAGAAACCCUUCGAAUGUCUGGAAUGUGGGAAAGCCUUCAGUUGUCCCUCAUCCUUUCGAAGACAUGUAAGAAGCCACACUGGAGAGAAACCAUAUGAAUGUAAGGAAUGUGGGAAAGCCUUUGUGUGUCCUGCCUACUUUCGAAGACAUGUGAAAACUCACACUAGGGAAAACGUAUAAAUGCUGUGAAAUGUGGGAGCGUCUGCAAGGCGUUUUCACCUCAUAGCAUAUCUGGAACGUUGUGGAGAUGGGCCAUGAAUGUAAGAAAGCAAGAAAGUGUUGCUUAUCUGUUUGAGGACUUGAGAACUCACAGCUAAGAGAAGCCUGUGUCCAUACACCUUGUGGGAAUGCCUUUGUGAAUGUCACUUCCGGCGUGUAAGAAAAUUCACACGAGAAGCACAGAUCAGGGCCUCACCUGUAAAGUGGACUGCUGGCUCAUUGAUACUCGGUUUCUGUUUUCUGAUACGAAUAUUUAAGGUGAUAAAUUUUCCUCUAAUACCUUUUCAGGUCUGACCACAUUUUAUUAUAGGUACUUUUAUUUUGGCCAAGAUGUAAACGUUCUUUACGUUAUAAAAUCUUUUGGACCCAUAGGGGAUUCAAGGUGUUUUUCAAAUGCCUGCAGGAGUGAUCUUUUUUUUUUAAUUAGUAUCUAAUUAAUACUCAUUGUUCUCCAGGUGUGCAGUAUCACACCUGUUAUGGUAUCAACACUUUGGUAUUUGUAAUUUCUUUUGUAAUUUCUUCCUUGUAAUUGGUCAUUUCAUUUUGAUCUAGUUAUGGCAGAUACUGGAAAUUGCCUACCCAAUUUUUUUUCCUUUUUUUUUUUUAACUAAAAGAACCUAAAGUUUUUCAGGUUAUCAGUUUUUAUUAUUAGAAGCUUUUUCUGUCUAAUAAGCCAUUUCAACAGAAAUUAAUAAGGGCAAGUUCUCAAAAGAAGAGUCGCAUCUAAUACGUUGUUUUUAUAUUUUCUCUGUCCUUGCUCAUGGCUAGGAAUUGGACCCAGUGUUUUGAGUUUAAAAAGGGACCUUCUGACAAGAAAGCUAGAAGUAGAGUUGGUUCAGCUGGCUUGUGUGUGUUAAUUUGGACAUGGUUGGGAUUCCAUUUCUCAGAAUCAUUUCCCUAUCCAGUCCCAGGUUAGAGUUGUCUGAAACAGAGUUUGCAUGAGAAUUGGAAGGCAGCGGGAAAAAGCUAUUAUUCUUCAUUUAGUGGGGCCAUAGGAUGGAGACAGAUACAUAGGGGCAUGGUGAGCUUCAGUGUCCGGCUCAUUUCCUGAUGAUCGGACCCACCAAUCAAUACUAGCUUGAAACAGAACAUUAAAUGCUUUUACUUCAGUAAAGUCAGAGGCAGCAGCUCCAUAGACCUUUCCAUAAGUUCCUCCAUCACGGUCAUACACAGCUUCUUAGGUUUUCUGGCAAGUUCCAGCAUUGUCCUUUUGCUGAGCUGACAGUCCCUCUGGCACAUCAGCCGGCUCUAUAGAGGUGGCCCCAUUUUGGAGCAGGAUUGUUAUCUGUGUAUAGUGCAAUCCCAUCGUGUCACUUUGCUCAAGGGGAAAGACAUCUGUGCAAGUCCACUGGCAUCUCCAGCAAGAAGGGCUGUGGGCAGUAAGGAAAAUCAGGUAUCAGCGAGGUGAGCAUCAGACAGGCAUCAUCCUAUUUUAGUGGAGGAAGAUUUAUAUUUGACACCUUCAGAUUUUUCUGCUUUUUUAUUUGAGAAAGAUGAAAGUUCUUUGGUUUGUGCUUCUUCAGGUACAUCUGGCUACACUUUUCCCUUCCAUUAUAUUUCCCCUUUAUUUCAAAAGUAGACCUAUGCCACUUUCCCUUCAUCAUUUUCUGCUGUUUUAGUAAAGCAUAUAUAUGCUACUGUGCACGACAUGUGCUAAUUUUAAGUGUACAGCUUGAUGAAAUUUCACUUGUACAUACCCGGGUAAACAGAACAUUCCCAGGAUUCCAGAAAGUUUAUUUAUCUGCCUUCUCAAUAAUUGCUCCACAGAGGAAACCACAAUUUGACUUUUAUUCAGUUUAUUAGGUUUGCUUCUUCUUGAUCUUCUUGAUCUUUAUGUAAGUGCUUAAAUACAAUAUGUACAAUUAUAUGUUUGACUUCUUUUCUCAGCAUGAUGUCUAGUUUGCCUUUUAAUUGCUCCUUUUACUGACUUAUUUCUCUUGGUAUAUGUUUUGUUUGUAGGAAUGGGAUCACUGACUCAUAGGGUAGACUUUAGCUUUAGUUUUAAUAGGUAUUCCAGUUUUUCAAAAAGGUGGAUUCCACCUAUCAUCCUAAAAGCAAUGCAUGCAAAUUCCAGUUGUUCCACCUAGUUGGCCAGCCCUUUCUAAUCUUAGGCAUCCAGCAGAGGACAUGGUAAUAUCCUGCUUUGGUUUCAGUUUGCAGUUACCUGAUAUGUAGUGAUGGUAAAUGCUUUUUUAUGUGCUUAUUGGCUAUUUGGAUAUCUUUUAUGAGGGCACCCUGUUGAAGCAUUUCCCCCAUUUUUGGUUCCUUUUUUAUUUGAAGGGUUUCCUUCUAGUUACUGUCUUCUUUUGUAUGUAUGUGUGUCUCUGUGUCUAGUUACAUACACAUAAAUAAAACCAUGUGUUAUAUAUCAUGUAUUCAUAACUUAACAUAGAUUAUAUAUACAUAUAUUGCAGAUAACUUUUCCCCACCUCUGGCUUGUUUUUUCACUCUUCUCGUAUGUAUAAGCUAUAAAGGAAAUUUAUUGGUUUGAUUAUUGAAGAAGUCCUUCGGGGAUGGCUGGGAUCCUGGGGCUAAAAAGCUGUUAUCUGGAUGAGUUCAGUGUCCGUAUCUUGGCUCUGUAUCUUCUUACAUUUAGCUAUUCUUCCUGGCAGGCUAUUUUUCUCUACCAUAGUUCCCAGAAGAUCCAGGCUGCUUUCUUUCUAGGUUGAAGUCUCAGGAAGAAAAGAGCGAUGGUCUUUUUGAACAACUCCAAUAUGAUCAUUAUAAUAGAAUCUGAUUGGCUCACUUGCUAAUAGUUAUCUAAUCACUGUGGCCAAAGGAAUGUAAUACUCUGAUUUGUUUAGGACUGGCUCCUGUGUUCAUCCAGAAACCAGAGUAGGGUUGCACCAACUGAGUCAGAGUGUGAUGUGUACGGAGAGGGGAGGAGGCAGCAGGGGGCAAGUGGGGUAAUAUUGUCAGCUAGCAUGUUGUGCUUACUAGGGUCUUAGCAACAGGAGGGAACUGAGGUCUGGCAACUCACCAGGGGCUGAGUAGUUCUAGAAAUCCUUUCAGAAAGGUUAGAUGCCAUCUGUUAAAAUAUCUUCAGAUUGCUAAAGGUGGCUUCUCAACCUUUAUGUUGCUUUGCGGUACAUUUAGAAAUCUGGUAGUGAGAGACUUAAAACAUUUUUAUUCUUUAAGAUUGUCCUGCCUUCUCUAUUCCUCAUUUGUUUCUAUAUUAUUUUUAGAACUUCCUUAUCAGUUUUCACAAAUAUGCUGAGAGUGUGUUUGGAGUUGCAUUGACGAUGCCAUUACCUGAAUGAAAUUGACAUCUUUACAAGAUCGAGUCUUCCAAUUAAACAUAAUAUAGUCAUCCAUUUACCUAGGUUGUCUUUAAUUUUUCUCAACAGUGUUUUGUAGUUUAAUUAUAGAGGACUUGAAUAUCUUUGUUUAAUUUAUUUCUAGGUAUGUGGUAUGUUUUGCUUUGUAAAUAUAUUUAUUUCCUGUUUAAUUUUUUAGCUAGCAUGAAUUGUGAUUUCUUUUUGUACAUUGAUCUUUUUAUCCAGUGACAUUUAUAAAUUAAAUUAUUAUUACUUGAAUUAUUCAAAUAGUUUGUGGAUUAUUUUGGAUUUUCUGUGUACAAUCCUGUCAAUAACAAAAGGAAUUCUUAACUUGAUUUCUAAACUUUAUCUUUUUUUUUUUAUUUUGCCUCAUUGCUUUACAGUGAUGAAUAGAAAUGAUGAAUAUGAACAUCUUUGCUCUGUUCCUGAUCUUAGGGGGAACUGUUCAAUAUUUUAUAAGUAUAAUAAUAGCUGUAAGUUUUUCAUAGAUUACUUUUAAAAAUGAAGAGAAUUGUUUUAUUCCCAGUUUGCCAAGUUUUUUUUUUUUAUUAUUGUGAGUGAAUAUUUUAUCCAGUGCCUUCUCUGCAUGUAUCAUGGUCUUAAAA